CCUGUAUUCUUGUGUAUGUUUAUAGCAUAGGAAUCUUUCUUAUUAGUAUACCUCUUUUUUUUCACUUUCUCGAGGCACGUUUGAAUGUUAUUUGUCUAAUGGUCUGGUGCUUGUGAAAUUAGCCUCUCAUAAUAGCUCACAUAGAUGAUCUUUUGUUUUUUUAUUUUUUUUCUUUUUCUUAUCGUUUGGGUUGGGAUGUUUUCUUGAUUAGCUGUGGAUUAUCACUUUCAUCUUUGUUUUAUUAGUAGUUUUACAAAUGAUCACAAGUGUAGGAUUGAGUCCUUAACGUGCCUUUGAUUUGUAAUGAUAAUUAUUUCUUUCUAAAUGUGGCACUAGAAUCCACUGGCAACAGAACAAUCCAUAGAUAAGGACGGUUGGCUAAACACUGGUGAUAUUGGUUGGAUUGCACCUCACCAUUUAGUAGUCGAACUUUUAGGCUCGAGUUCAACUCAAUUAUCACCCCUAACUAUAGUUCUUUUGAACGGUAUUCUAGAAGCUGAACUUUUGUAAUGUUGUCUGUCUUUCAAAUGACACUUGGCAGUAACUGUGAUAGCCUUUUCCUUUUUUUUCAGCUUGUUUUAUUUGUUCUCUUCUUUGCAUAUUUGCAUGGAAAAAAAAAAAGCAAAUAGAGGAAAAACCGCAAAGACAGCAAUUACUGAGCCAUGCGUAACAAUAAGAUGGCAAUUAUCUGCACAUGCAUCAAUUGUUGUACAUUAGCAAGGUUGAAAAGUCUUUUUAUUCUGAAAUUGAUUCAUUGUAGGUGACCCUUGAAACUUGAUUAAUUGUAUGUUAGGGUCAAGGAAAAGAAAUAGAAGAAGAAGAGAGGAAGAAAGAGAGUAUGAAACAAUAUUGUGUAGGGUAUGUGUUACCAACACAAUAGGACAGUAACAUAAUAGGGAAGUAGAACAAUAGGAAAAUAGCACUCUAACAGUGACAAAUUAUCCAUUUUGUCUAGCAUCUUACUUGCCAUUUAUGUAGUCAUUAAUUUCACUGAAAUCAUAUCUCUCUUGCUAUAGGCUUAGGAUAAUUUUUCCGGUGUUUCUUUGGCAAUCUGGUAUUUUACUCGAGAGGAGCAAUAUUCUUAUCUGGGCAAUUGACAGUUUAUAGAGAACACUGUUUUGUUUCUUUUGAGUUAAUUAUUGCGGUCUGGCUAAUCUACUAAUUUUCUUGUGUUUCUUCAAUGGGAGGUACAUUCCUUUGACUUACAAUUUUCAUUGCAGCCAUCAAGAUGUUCUUUAUCCUCCUUGUUUAUUUGUCCAAAAACUACUAAACUGAUUUCAUAUGUGGGAAAAAUAGGUGAAAAUGUUGAACCAUCAGCUUGAAGAAGCUGCCAUGAGAAGUAGUCUGAUUCAACAUAUUGUUGCCAUUGGCCAGGAUCAAAGACGACUUGGGGCUAUAAUUGUUCCGAACAAAGAAGAGACUUUAGUGGCUGCAAAACAGUUGUCUGUCUUGGAUUCUGAUGCCUCUGAACUUAGCAAGGAAAAAAUGUCUACCCUGUUGUAUGACGAGCUGAGGAAAUGGAUAUUUGCUUUCCUAUCGGAUGUUUACACGCAUGUUGCCGAAUCAGAUAAAGUAAUCCAUCCCACACCAGUUUGCAAAACACACCUAUUUGCCGGUUUUAUGAGUUUGCCCAGUCAAAGGGUUUGUAAGUGCUGCUGCCAAUGAAUCAUGGCAAAUCAAGAAGCCACCAGCAGAGCCACUGCUGCAUCAGUUUUCCAGUCAUAUUUGUUUCUGUUUGUUGGGUGUGUGUGUAUAUAUAUAUAUAUAUAUACAUACAUAUUUAUUUAUUUAUAUAUAGAGAGAGAGAACUGAGAUGUAUUGAGAACUCCACAUAACUUCUUCA